AUGGGUAAUGCAGUGUCUCCAUGUUUUCAACAAAACUCAAACUCGGCCGUCAAAGUAAUCUUCUCCCAGCAAGGCACCACCAGGCUCCUCAAAGGAAAACACAUCGCCGGAGAGAUCAUGUUCGAGUUUCCCGACCAAAUGGUUUGCCAUGCAGACUCUUUCUUCAUCGGCCAACCUAUUCCGGCCUUGUCCAUCGACGACGAGCUCAUGCUCGGCCAGACCUACUUCGUUCUUCCCCUCGACCGCUUCUCAGGCAGUGUGCUCUCCGCCUCCUCUCUCGCCGCGUUGAACUCAUCGUCGGCGUCGAGCCCUAGGAGGAAUUCUCCCAUCAAAUUUGGCGGGGAGAGCCCCUUUGAGUACAUAAAGGGUUCCAAUGGAAGGGUGCUGAUCAAAGUUGUGCCGGAGUUCAUCACAAGACUGAUUUCAGCAAGGGAUCAGGAAAUAGGGUCCGAAAGCCCAAGCAACCGCUUUCUCUGUAACACACCGGAGCUUCAGAAACACUACGAGCAGCUUGUUGGCUCUAAAGAGCAAUUAUGGUCGCCUAAGCUUGAAACCAUUUCAGAGCAUAAGACCAGGUUGUCACCAUGCAGAUUUAUAGGGCUCGAGUACUGGAAACCCAAAGAGAUAUUGCAAGUACUGCUGUAA